AUUGAUAAGAGGUCAAAUAUAAGAUUUUAGCUUUGCAAGAUUUUUAUUUUUUCAAAAAAUUAAAAAUGAAGCCCGUUGUCGAUUAUAAAGUGGCAGGUACUGUAGAUCCAACGCCAAUAAAUUUAUUGACACCGGGACCUGAUUAUGAAAAAUUCCAUACAACGUGGUUGGAAAACAAAUGGUUUCCUUUCAUGGGGUUCGUAUUAGGUGCGGGUUCAGUAUGGUACACCUAUACAAUUAAUAGAAGGCCUUUUUAUUCUGGAAUACACAUAAAGCUAGGUGCUGGAAUUAUUGGUGCUACUGCUCUUUAUUAUUACAAGCAAUAUAGAACUUCAUAUCUGGCCGACAAAGAUGCCAUGUACAGACAUUACAUUCAGCUACACCCAGAAGAUUUUCCAGCUCCAGAGCGCAAGAAAGUUGGUGAAUUAUUCAAAGAAUGGGUUCCUGUACGCUAAUUUCUAAGAAUUUCAAAAUUAGAAUUAGUUAACCAGAGAUAAAUUUUUAAAUGUUUUAUUGUUCAAGUGUUACUCUUAACUUUGAAUUUGAAUUGUAAAGAAAUUAAUGCCUUGUAGAUUAUUUUCAUGUACAAGUUAUGCAGCUGUACAAAUACAAAACAACAAAUAACUAUAGUAA